AUGGACUGCAUCAACCCAGCAAGGCGGGUUGCACGAGGUGCCGCACACGCACCUGUUGGUGUCGCUGUUGCACAUGCCGUAGCCGCCGGUGCUGGAGCAGCAGCUGGAGACGCCGCCGGAGCAGCUAAAGGCCGAGCCGCAGUUGCAGGCGCGGCGGGCGAGCUCGGAGCGGGCCUCGAGGCCGGCGCCGGCGUCGAACCGGGCCUCAAUGGUGCCGGGUGCGCUGUUGGUCACAGCGGCGCUGCUGGCCAGGGUGGCGAGGGCGAGGGUGAUGAUGGUGCUGGCGAUUUUCUCUCGUUGGUAUGA